AUUUAACAGGUAAGAGUUUAAGUUUUUUAUUUUUUGAAAAGCAACAGGUAAGAGUUUUUACUUCCAAAUUAUGCAUUAUAUGGUACUAAACUAUAGCUGGAACCUUGUCCCUGAUAUUUGCAUAAACAUUUUAUUCCCUAGUUUAUUUGCAAAUAAUUUCCUUCUGUAAAAAUGUUGAGAAAGUGGAUAGCUUUAUAAUACUGAGAUUUUGCUCCUUUGGUUUUUGUUACGCUUGCAGGGGAAAUCCCAUGGGAAAUUGGAAAUCUUUAUUCACUGGAGAUAUUGGCUGUCCAGCAUAUGCGUCUAACUGGUCCCAUCCCACCUUCCAUCUUCAACAUAUCUUCUUUAAAAGAAAUUUCUCUGAACAACAAUAGUCUAUCUGGUGAAAUACCUUCUAUGAUCUCAAUUUCAAAUCUUGAGGAGCUUAGACUAUGGGGAAAUAAUCUCAGCGGCAAUAUUCCCAAUUUUAUCUCCAGUGCUUCUAAGCUCAGAAUCUUAGCACUAGAAGAAAACUCAUUCUUUGGUCUUAUCCCAAAUACACUUGGCAAUUUAACUUUCCUUGAGCGGCUGAGCCUCGCAUCUAAUAAUUUGAUCACUGAAACUUCAACACAUGAGUGGAGCUUUUUGUCUUCUUUGGCAAAUUGCAGGAAUCUGAGAUAUUUGAACCUAUCAUUCAAUCCAUUGAAUGGCAUUCUUCCAAGUUCUAUCUCAAAUCUGUCGACAUCUCUUCAUUUUUUCUAUGCCUCAGAUGUCAAAAUUACAGGUAGCAUUCCCAGGGAAAUUGGUAACUUAAGCAAUAUUACAACUUUAGACCUUUCCCAUAAUGAAUUUAGUGGAUCUAUUCCAGCAACAAUAGGAAGGCUACGAAAUGUCCAGGGUUUGCUUCUUCAUGGUAAUCAAUUACAAGGGUCUAUCCCACCAAGUGUCUGCGGUUUAGAGAGAUUAUAUAACCUAUCAUUAGGUGGCAACAUGCUCCAUGGUCCUAUACCAACUUGUUUGGCGAAUUUGACUUCUCUGAGGUAUCUUUACUUAGACUCCAACAAAUUGAAUUCAACAAUACCCUUAUCCUUGUGGAGCCUUAAUGAUAUCUUAGAGGUAGACUUGUCCUCAAAUUAUUUGAAUGGUUCCCUUCAACUGGGCAUUGAGAAACUGAAGGUAUUGACACAUUUGAAUUUGUCAAGGAAUCUGUUAUCGGGUGAAAUCUUGAGUUCAAUUGGAGAACUCCAGGAUCUGAUUUCUCUAGACUUAUCCAAUAAUAGAUUUGAUGGUUAUAUUCCUGAAUCAUUUGGUGAUUUGAUAAGUUUGGAAUCCUUGGAUUUAUCCAACAACAAUCUCUCUGGAGUCAUUCCCAAAUCUUUGGAGAGACUUUCGUCUCUCAAUCAUUUUAAUGUGUCCUUCAAUAGACUAGAAGGAGAAAUCCCCAGUAGAGGACCCUUUAGAAACUUCUCAGCUAAAUCAUUUAUGAAUAACUGUGGACUUUGCGGUUCACCGGCACUACAAGUUCCACCUUGUAAAAGUAGACAAUCGAAGAUGACUCCUUGGCAUGUUUUGAAAUAUGUUUUACCAGUAGUUGCUUCAUUAAUACUGAUAGCAAUCUUCUUUAUUCUCCUUAAAAGAUGCCAAAAAAAGAGUAUAAAUCUGCCUGUUAACGAAGAUUUAUUGCCUCUGGAAAAAUGGAGAAGAAUUUCCUACAGUGAACUUUUACAAGCAACUAAUGGAUUUGAUGAAUGCAACUUGCUUGGUUCAGGGGGUUUUGGGUCUGUGUAUAGAGGAACACUUUCAGAUGGGAUGAAUGUCGCAAUAAAAGUGUUCAAUAUGCACUCAGAGGACGGCUUCAAGAGUUUUGAUGUUGAAUGUGAAGCAAUGCGCAAUAUUUUUCAUCGGAAUCUUGUCAAGGUCUUUAGUAGUUGCUCUAAUGUUGACUUCAGAGCCUUAAUGUUUGAGUUCAUGCCUAACGGCAACCUUGAGAAAUGGUUAUAUUCCUAUAACUAUUAUCUCAAUCUCCUACAAAGAAUUGACAUAAUGAUUGAUGUUGCAUCAGCACUAGAAUAUCUCCAUUUUGGCUGCUCAGUACCUGUGAUCCAUUGUGACUUAAAGCCAAGCAAUAUCCUGCUAGAUAAUGACAUGGUUGCACAUGUUGGAGAUUUUGGCCUUGCCAAACUCUUGGGAGAAGAAGAUUCUAUAAGACAAACUAAGACACUUGCUACUAUUGGGUAUAUGGCACCAGAAUAUGGAUCGACUGGAAUUGUUUCUCUAAAAGGUGAUGUCUAUAGUUAUGGUAUUUUAUUGAUGGAAACUUUCACAAGAAAGAAACCUACCGAAGAAAUUUUUUCCGUUGAAAUGAGUUUGAAGGAUUGGGUGAAAAAUUCACUUUCCAAUGGAACAAUUGAUGAGGUUUUGGAUGCCAAUUUGUUAAGAGAGGAGGAACUUUUCAUAGAUAAAGUGAACGCUUUAUCAUCUAUCAUGGGAUUAGCUCUAGACUGUACAACUAAGUUGCCUGAAGAAAGGAAAAAUAUGAAGGCUGUUGUGGCCAUACUCAAGAAAAUCAAAAUUAAGUUUCUAAAGGAUGUUGAGAUGGCUUAUAAUGGAGAAGGAAAGAUUGCUGAGAGGAACUGUAGGUUUGGUGAUGACUACCGAGCCAUUACGAUCAGUGAUGUGGCUGUAUGUGAAAACAAUGGAUAGUCUUCACACAAGGCAUUUACUUUAAGACUUAUCAAUCACAGUUUUUUAUAAUACACCCGAUGAUUACAAAUUA